AUGGCUGAUGCUAUGGAAAUGUUGCAGGGAGUACAGGGGGAAACACCCUGUAGCAUCUGCAGGAGCUAUUUCUCUGAGCCAGUCACCAUCAGUUGUGGGCAUAGCUUUUGCAGAGCAUGUCUCUCCUCCACCUGGAGAGUUGAAGCUAGAGCUAUCUCUUGUCCUGAAUGCAAGAAAGUGUACCAGGUUAGAGAAUUGCCAGCAGUCAAUGAAAGCCUAGUACACCUGACAGAGCUGGGCAAACAGCUCCAUUCCCAGCUUUUGCAGAGCAGUCAAGGACAGAGCGAGUGUGCUAGGCACAAGGAAACCUUCAAGUUCUUUUGUGAAGAUGACCAGACACCACUCUGUGUGAGAUGUUCCCAAAGCCCAGAGCACCAGACUCACAGGCUCUCCCCUAUAGAAGAGGCUACUCACAAUUUCAUAGAGAACCUUCAGCACAUUUGGAACCACUGGGGGAAGUACUUUGAAAAAGCAGAGAAAGAUCUUGCUCAAAAGAAACCUGCUGUUGACUGGCAGUGGAUGAUCACAGAAGAAUUUAACAAGGUGCACGGCUUCCUGUUGGAGGAAGAAUUACUAUGUUUUGAAGGCAUAAGGCAAGAACAAAGGGCAAGCCAGGACAGAAUAUCCCAGCACAUGCGAAUCCUUCAGGACCUCAUGCUAGAGCUGCAGGAAGCUGGUAAAGAAUCCAAUUUGGAGCUACUACAGGAUGUCAAGCAGUUGCUGGGAAGGAGUGAGUCAGUGUUGUCUCAAUGGUCCAAGGCUGUCAUCCCAGAGCUGAGAGAAUAUCCCAUCCCUGGCAUGAUAGAGAUGCUCAGUCGAUUCAGAGUGGACCUCACAAUGGAUCCAGUAAGAGCAAGUCCUUGUGUAGCUGUUUCUGAGGAUCUGAAGGGUGUGAAUGCUGGAGAAGCCUGGCAGGUAGAGACCAAGGAUCCUGAAUACUCUGCUUGCUAUGCUGUCCUUGCUAAGCAGGCCUUCAGCUCAGGCAGACAGUACUGGGAGGUGGAUGUGACUCAAGUACCUCAGUGGAUGCUGGGAAUCUAUGCCCCUUAUUUGAGGAGAAAAAGGUGGAGGAAUGUGGACUCCUGUGCCUCUCUGUUUCUGCUUCAAUGUGUCAAGAAAGAAGAGGUUUACUAUUUCAAAACCCAUCCCGGACCAUUGAAACAUCGAAUGAAAGGGCCGGUGCCAAGAGUCGGGGUGUACCUGGAAUAUUCCUCUGGUACCCUUGGCUUUUACAAUGUUCUCCAGAGCUCCCUCAUUUAUCAAUUCCACUCCAUUCCCUUCGGAGCACCUGUUAUACCCAUCUUCUCUCCUGGCCCUCCACUUCCAGGAACAAAGGCUGGUCCCAUGACUCUCUGUCCAGUGGACUCUCACCUUUGUGUUUGCUGCUCUUCACCUCUCUGA